GUGCCAGUGGCCGCUUCUAUUGGGCGUCUGCGGCCGCGGAAGCUUUAGACAGUAAGAGCUUACUUGUUGGAUCUGCAGCAAUGUUGCUUUUCUGUCCGAGCUGUGGAAACGGACUAAUUGUGGAGGAGGGACAGCGUUGCCAUCGUUUCGCCUGCAACACUUGCCCCUACGUGCAUAAUAUCACACGCAAGGUAACAAACCGAAAGUAUCCAAAGCUGAAAGAAGUGGAUGAUGUGCUUGGUGGAGCAGCUGCCUGGGAGAAUGUGGACUCUACUGCAGAGCCAUGUCCAAAAUGUGAACAUCCCCGUGCCUACUUCAUGCAGCUUCAGACCCGUUCUGCAGAUGAGCCAAUGACUACCUUCUACAAGUGCUGCAAUGCUCAGUGUGGACAUCGCUGGAGAGACUAAGGGCAGGACUUACCCAGCUGCAAGCAUGAAUUUUGUGUGCUGAAGGUCUUUGCUGUAUGAUAGGAAGCUGAUUCUACUGAGGACUAGGGUAGAACAGGCCAUCUGCAAGUCAGCAGAUAAAAGUCCUUAAUGAACAGGGACCUCAGGUCCUUGGGAAAUACACAUAAGAAUAUUCACUUGGCUUCAGGUCCUGUUCAUUCAUCCUUUGUGUUUAGUAGGUAGGUGAUAUUUCCUUACUACCAUUAGUCCUAUAAACUUGGUUUAUAGCCAAAGAUAAUCUUAAACCUCCUAUUCUUCCUUCCUCUGCAUGUGAACUGUGUUCAUUUUAUGCAAUGCUGGGGAUUGAACUCUGAGCCUCAUUCACGCUAGACAGGUACUCUGACAACUGAGCUAUAUCUCCAGCCAUUUAGUUUUUAAAAUAAUUUCUAUUUAUUUAUCUCUAGAGAAAUUAUAAAAAUACCCAUAAAAUCAUUGAAAAGCACUUUAAAAUUCAGGAUUGACAUGAUUCAUCUUUUAUGAUUAACAAUUAAAAAAACUGUUCUGUGAUUUGGAUUUUCUGGAUGAUGUUGAUAGGAAUUUAAAAGUAACCAAGAAUAUUUUAUAUUUCCAGCUAGAGAGAAUGAUCCACAAUAAAGCCUGUGCCUAGCAUGUGCAAAGGUCUGUGUUUGAACCACAUUCAAAAAUCUAUUAAAACUUGAAUAAAUUUAGAAAAGUCACAUAUUUAUUGAUACUACUAGUGAGAUUACUCUGUAUAAUGGACAUAUUUUCUAUGUUGGAAGCUCUGAUCGCUUCCAUGCAACUGGUCAGUCAUAUAUAUGAUAAAGAGUGCAGAUAGUAAGGCUAUCUAAAAUAACAGUGCCCUUCUAUGAACAUAGCAUUUCUGACAUUUUCAAAGUCCUUAAGUGGAGAUAAGGAUGAGUAAUUCACAAAAGGUGACUUUGAAAUCUUUGAUCUAUGGUUGUUUUCAAGCCUUUGGAACUUCACUGAUCAUCUCCUUUCACUAACUCUAUUACAAAGGAGAGUCACACAGUCUUUGAAUGAGGAUGUAUUUGAGUAUUAGAUCACUUACCUAGCAUAUGAUAAGUUCUGGGCUCAAUCCUUGGUACUGGAUGACAGAGGUGUGGAGGAGAAUGAUAAUUUUUACUUAAAAUAAAAGUAAGUAAGGGUUAGGACAUUGUCACAUUUCUGGUGAGAGUGGAAGUCAGUACCAGUUCAAUAGUUUCUCAGGGCAAUAAGGCAAUGGCUAUGAGUAUUUUAAAAUGCUACCCAAGGGUGACACAAACAUGCAGUGCUAUCACUUGAGAGGCAGAAGCAGGGGUAUUGGAAGGUCCAGGCCAUCCUGUUAUUGGCAGCAGGAGUUGGAAGAGAAGACCUUAACAACAGUAUAUUUGGUUUAGGGUUUGGUUACUUGGUGUUUUGGGUGUUAAGGAGGUAAUUACAUUUAUUUGUUCUUUGUUUCAUGGUAAGGAAGUCUUUUGCUUUCCCCUCUUUUGAUUGGGGUAUAUAAGGGCUUUGAGUAAUAAACUUGGGGCUGAUCCUAGUAUUUACUGGGUGCCCUCCCCACUCUA